AUCUGUCACUACUCAGUGAUUUUCAUGCACAACCAAAAUUGAAAACCACUCGUUUAAGACUUCACUAUGACAUCAAAAACUUCCAAACCUCUUGAGAAGCCAUAGACCAUAUGAUGGGAGAAAAGGAAUUGAGGAGCUUGAACAAAAAGUUGGUUUACAUCACUUGACAAAGGUUCCUACUAUUUUACGCCUCAUGGAGUCAGAAACCCUAGAAAUAUGUCCUUAUGACCCAAACCACAGGAUGCCAGCCAGCAGGUUACAGUACCACCUGGCAUCACGUAGAAAGAAAAAUCUGCGGAUAGCUCAAAAGAUGGCUAAUUGCAAAUAUAAUGUUUGCCACACGGUCCCAGUCAAAAGGCUCAAGGAACAUGAGGCUAACUGUGUCAAUAGAACAGCUGUAGAUGAUGAGCCAUUUAAUCUUCCAAAUGUUAUUUCUUUAAGUUUGGACCCAAAUGAAAAACUUUCUAAUACUGCCAAUCAGAUUCUUGACCCUAAUGGCUGGAACAUAGAUAACAUGUAUCAUUCUCCUUUAUUUGUUCUUAAGACAUUAGUUCCAAAAAUGCUAGUUAGAGAAGCUAUCAAUGGAGGACAUAAAAAGGAGACUAUGGAUAACAAACAUCUUAACGACUAUAAGUCCUGCAGAAAAGGACAGAAAAACUGA